GAUGUAAACAAUCGGAGCACGUUUAAAGGCUGAGACUACUCCAGAAAAAGCUUUUGAAUUAAAGGAAAUACCUAAAGGAAAGAAAGUCUCUGCAAAGAUGGCUCGAGGUCGAGGGGGUGGAGGUUCCCGAGAUCGAGGCAGGAGACCUUUUGGAAGAGGGGGAAGGAAAAACACAGAUGACCUUGCACGGAAGCGGAGACAGUAUCAGGAAUUUGGAGAAGCCCAUCCAGUAGAAGAAAAGGAUUUAAACCUAAAGAGAAGAAAGGUGGAAGACACAGAGGAAACCUUAGAGGAUGAACAUCAGUCUGAGUCAUCUGAUGACAGUUCAUCCAGUGAGGAUGAAGCAGGUGCUGGUGAUGCAGUUUCAAGACUUCUUGCCACUUUCAACACCACUGCCCACAAGGCCAUUGACAGUGAUGAAGAGGAGGAUGACAGUGAAGAUGAUGAUGAAGAUGAAGACGAUGUUGAGGAGGAAGAGAGGGAAGUAGAGCAAGAAGGAAUGGUAGAUGAUCUUGGAAGUGAAGAGGAGGAUGAAGAGGAUGGUGAGGAGGAGGAGGAGGAGGAGGAAGAGGAAGAGGAGGCUGAUGGGGAAGAAGAGGGUGAAGAAGAGGAGGAAACAGGUGGAGUAGAAGUGGAUGAGGUGGUGGAGGAGGAAGAUGAAGCAUUUGGAGAAGGUUCAACAGAUGAUGAUGAACAAGAGGGUGAUGUAAGUAAUUUGCAGGUUUGUAAUUAG